AUGGGUCUCGGACCUUCGAAAUAUGAAUAUGAUCGCAAUAUUACUUGGGUUAAAUUCCUCAGCGCAGUUCAAGAAAUGAAUAGAAAGUGAGUUUUUUAUACAUUGAUCGUAAAUAUUUGUUUCAAAACUAAACUGAAAUGUAUUAUAGUUAUCGUCACGUUUUGAUCGAUAAUAAUGAAUAUUUAUGCUUUGCAAUGGCCAGAACUGAUUUGUUGAGUGCGGAUUCGGAAGAAGAUUGGAGACAAUUGAUACGUAUUGUUUGUUGUAAAGUAAGUAAUUAAAAAAAUAAUUGUAUUUUUAACGAUUUUUUUUCUUUUUCCAGGUGAAUAUUGAGACCAAAGCCGUUGUAUCAUGCAAAAAACUGACACUCCGUGAAUUCCUUACUGCUCAUGAGCUGCAUCUUGUAAUGAUGAACAACAAGCCGAAACUAUCCCCAGAUCCGAUGACAACCAGCCAAUUUAUUCUUGAUCAAACUUCCGAUAUUGAAGGAAAUUGUGUGAUUUGUAUGGAAAAUGUUAAUGAUGUGAGUUGUUUUUGAGGCUAUAGAAAUCUGGAAGAUUUGUGUGUUGGCGUGAAAUUUCGCAAUUGGUUUUAAAGAUUUUUUGAUAAGAAUUAUUUCAUAACAGUUUCUAAUCAAUGAAUUGUGAAAUAAAUUCUUGAAACCAGAAUUUUAACAUAAUUUUAAGCUUCAAACAUAAUUUAGAAAAAAAGGUUUUCAAACUAUUGGGAUAUUGCAGAUUUUAGAAUUUCACAUAUAUUGUUAAUAAGUGAGUCAAUGGAAAACAUGAGCUAAUUUUUUCCGAAACUUUUUGAGAAUUACUUUUUGUGAACAUAUUUUUUAGAGAUGGUUGAACAAUUGGAAACCCACAGCGUUAUAAAAAUUGUGAGAAAAUUAUUUCAUAAAUUUCCUUUGGAUCAAGUACCGUCAUUUUUUUUCUAGGGAUUUGGUUCAUUUCUAAUGACGUCUUUAAGAAGAAAAAAAAUCCAUUUAUAGUUAAACAGAAAUUGUGGAAUAGAAAAAAUCUUUGAGUUUUGAAACAUUCCCGAUUAGAAAUUGUGAGAAGAUCUAUUCGCUUGAAUGAUUCUGAAUUGAACGUUUUUAUAAAUGUAAUUAGAAAAAAUCAAGAAACAAUUUGAAAUUUAAAUCAGUGAAUCAUUAUGUGUUUUUUUUCAGAUACUUCUUCCUUGUCUUCACUCAUUCUGUCUACGUUGUGUUAUUGCUGAAAGUGAAUAUCGUGGACGUAAUUUUUCAUGUCCAAUGUGUAAAAUGCCAAUCGAAAAUCCAAUUGAAUCGGCAUGGGAAGUCACAGAUCCACCAGAACAAUCUGAAAUUGAUGAUUACCUUAAAGGUAUUGUAAAUUAA